ACGUCAACGUCAUCAUCAAUCACUUGUCAUUCAACAGAGCACUGCCUAAGCAUGAGCAGUUAUAAACACAAAAGUGGAGCUACAAAAUGCAAAGAAAAAGAUAAAAAAGGAGGACCAAGGAAAAGCCAAAUUGUCCAAGCUCGAUGGAUAUUUUUUUCGCCAGCCGUGUUUCAUCCCCGAGCCCCAGCCCGCCAACAACGUUAGUGGGGGUUAGCCAGAUUUACAGGUAGGCUACAAUCACGGCCACACACUGUCAACAAGAAAAUGUGAGUUUGUGGUAAAUGUUGAUAUCAUAUGGUUGUUGUUACUUCGUGUAGCUCGGCCGCCUAGCUUAUUUCCUUUUCUGUCUCUCGGCUGUAGUGAUGAUGAUAAUAGGGACGACUCAGCAGCUGCUAGCUGCUAGCUGCUCGUCUAGAGGAGAGCCAGGCCUGACGCUUGACCAGCCGCACCCCUCCCCCUCCGGCUCCUUACUGGCUGCGCCGCAAGGUGAAGAAGUACCGGACACUCUUGCCCUGGCUACUAAAUGGGGAAGUCAAACACAGUUUGAAACAACCAGGGCCAGGAAAGUUAAGAGACACUUUGAUGAACUUUCUGAAGACAGCCGCCUCACUGACGCAGAGAGCAACUUUCGGGUGACCGUUUUCAAUGCAUGUCUCGAUAUAAUCAUCCAGCAACUGUCCCAAAGAUUCACCAGUUUAAAUGCAACUGUGAACAUGUUUGAGGCAAUUCACCCCAACACACUACUGCAAUCAAAGGAUGAGGAUUUACACCAAGCUGCCCAGCGGCUUAGAGAGCACUACAGUCGGGACAUCGCCGCCAGCUUCCCUGGCCAGCUGCUUUCUUUCAGAACCUGUUUCAGGGACCAAAUACAAAAACUAAAAUCUGUCGCGGAUCUGGUAAAAAUGCUCAUUGUUUACAACCCAGCAGUAACAUCUACAUUCAGUGAGGUUUGCACAGCCUUCAUCUUAUUUCUGACUCUUCCUGUCACCGUGGCAACCGCCGAGCGCUCUUUCUCCAAAUUAAAACUCAUCAAAAACUAUUUGAGGAGCACGAUGGGACAGGAGAGACUGAGUGGACUGUUCUUGCUGUCCAUCGAAAGUGACCGAGCCAAGAAAUUGGACAUACAGCGUAUUGUGGACAAGUUCGCGGAGCGCAAGGCUCGCCGAGUACCAUUCAAGUAGUGGAGGCAUGCUGUGCGUACGUGCUGAUGGUGACCGCAGUCUACUGGGUGUCUGAGGCUGUUCCUCUGGGUGCUGCUGCUCUGGUACCCGCUUUCCUCUAUCCACUCUUUGGGGUGCUCAAGUCCAGCGAGGUUGCAGCAGAAUACUGUAAAGACACCACCCUGCUGCUGAUGGGAGUCAUCUGUCUUGCAGCCUCCAUAGAGAAGUGGAACCUGCACAAACGCAUCGCUCUGCGGAUGGUGAUGAUCGCAGGGGCCAAGCCUGGCAUGUUGGUGCUGGGCUUCAUGUGCUGCACAGUGUUCCUGUCCAUGUGGCUCAGCAACACGUCCACCACAGCCAUGGUGAUGCCCAUAGCCGAGGCCGUCCUGCAGCAGCUGAUCUGCACCGGCCUGGCCGACGGACACGCCGACUCAGAAACCGUAGAGGCGCCCGAGGACGACAGCGCUGCUUCAGAAAAAGAGGACAACCUGGACAAAAACCAGCUCGAGCUGCUCUACCACAACAACAGCAGUGUCUGCUCUAAGCAGGAGCUAACAACACUCAGUGAGGUGCAGUGUUGUGAGGGGAAUGGUGUGGGUCUGGAGGCAACCUCUAACCCGACGUACAUCAGGCACACCAACGGACUCCUGCCUCAGGUUGCGAUUGAGUUCCCAAAUGUGAAGCGCAUAAAGGCCAGGAGAGACUCCCAGUAUCCCACCAAGAGGGAUCACAUGAUCUGUAAAUGCCUGUCGCUCAGCAUCACCUACGCUGCCACCAUCGGCGGGCUCAUCACCAUCACUGGCACCUCCACCAACCUCAUCUUUGCUGAGCAGUUUAACAAUCGGUAUCCAGAUGCUAAGGUGAUCAAUUUCGGCACAUGGUUUAUCUUCAGCUUCCCCAUCGCCAUCAUCAUGCUGGUCCUCACCUGGCUGUGGCUGCACUUCCUCUUCCUGGGCUGCAACUUCAGGGAAACGUGCUCAUGGAGUAAGAAACGCAAAACCAGGAGAGAGAUGCUGUCCGAGAAGAGGAUCCAUGAGGAGUACGCCAAACUGGGACCCAUCAGCUACCCAGAGGUGGUGACCGGUGUUUUCUUCAUCCUGAUGACCCUGCUGUGGUUCACCAGAGAGCCAGGUUUUGUGCCCGGCUGGACAUCCCUAUUUGAGAAGAAAGGCUACAGGACAGACGCCACAGUCUCUGUACUUCUGGGCUUCCUGCUCUUCCUCAUCCCUGCCAGGCGACCUUUCUCCUCCUCCUGCUCUUCCUCCAGUUGUAGGAACACAGAUGCAGAGUCCGACCCAAUGGCUCCCAUGAUCACCUGGAAGGACUUCCAGAAACUGAUGCCGUGGGAGAUCGUGAUCCUGGUGGGAGGCGGCUAUGCGCUGGCUGCUGGUUGUAAGGUGUCAGGCCUGUCAGUGUGGAUCGGCAGACAGCUGGAGCCCAUGAGUGGUCUUCCUCCGUGGGCCGUCACCCUGCUGGCCUGCCUGCUGGUGUCAGCGGUCACAGAGUUUGCCUCCAACCCUGCGACUCUUACCGUCUUCCUGCCCAUCCUGUCAGCGCUGUCAGAGACUCUGCGCAUCAACCCCCUGCACACUCUGAUCCCCUCCACCAUGUGCGUGUCAUUCGGGGUCAUGCUUCCAGUCGGGAACCCCCCCAACGCCAUCGUCUUUAGUUACGGCCACGUGAAGAUCAGCGACAUGGUGAAAGCAGGCUUUGGGGUGAAUCUGAUCGGCGUGGUGGUGGUGAUGUUAGCCAUCAGCACGUGGGGGGUUCCCCUGUUCAACCUGAAUGAGUUUCCAGACUGGGCAGUUGCCAGGAACGUCACUGGGGGCUUGUAACCACCACUGAAUAACUGAGAGACAGAGAGGGAAAGAGAUGGGGCAGUGUUUCUGAAAAAAAAAGACAAAAAUAAAAUGAUGACAAGAGGACCGUCUUGCUCAGAGUUUAACCCUUUAUUAGACGCAUAACUGUACCUGAAGAAGAAGAAGAUGAUGAAGAAGAAGAGAGCAAAAACAAUACCUGUUGAUGCAAUAAUAAGUAUUAUAUUUUAAUAACAAGGACAGAAUGCCUUUGUCACAGUGGCCUCUGUGCUCUGACUUCCAGCCACAGGAUUUUUUACCAUCGUCAACCAAGUUUGAUAGAGAUUCUGUUUUCCACAAAAUCACUGAAAAUAUUACUCAAAAAUACAAACAUACAGUAUUUAUGGUGAUCAUUAAGUUGUUUUGAUUCAAAAUAGCAAUUUGUAAACUGUUUUCAGGGCCACAUCAUGCCUUAUUAGUUGAAGUUUAGAUAUAAAUAAGCUAUAUGGCCAUACUACUGUAAGUAAGCCUCUUUUUACUGCAUGCUUCCUGCUGUACUUUAUGUAUGAUUCUUUAACCAGAUCAUCAUGGAAAGAUUCCUGAGAGAAUUUGAAGUAUAAUUCUGAUAUAUCCAGUUGUCUUUACUGUCCGAUGUGAAGCCAGGUAAAUGCAUGAGAAGAGGCUUCUACUAAGGCUGAUAAUGUACUGUCUACAUACAUGCUGGUCCAGCCUUUCAGAUGUGCCUAGUAUCUUAAGAUGUCUCUCAUAUGGUGUGUUUGUAAAGGUGUUUUUGUUCUUUUGCCAACAAAUUGGGAGCUUGAUGUCCGCCUGAUGUCUUGUCCAAAGUUACUGAAGCUGAUCAUACUGUGAACACACCAUAGUGACCUUCCGUAUUACUGCCUGUCAUACCAACGCCAGGCCUUCCUCCUUAAAGCAUGGAACACAUGCUUUUUACCAUGCUAUUUCUCAGACAUACGAUUUUAUUAGAUAACAUUAAUAUAUUAAGAAUGUAAGCUGUAUUUAAGGUAUAGAUAGCUGAAUGAACCUACAAGUUUAUUUUAUGCAGACUUAAUUAUCAAGUUACUUUUCAUUGUAGCCUUUCCUUAUUUUGCCAUUUAAGUGGUGUUACACACUCCUGGCAUUAUUUUUUUGUUUAGUGACCCGUGUGCCUUUGAUCCUGAAUUAACUUUGUCUUGCUUAAUUACUUUGUUUGACUUUUGCUUGUUGGUCAGAUGCGUUUUUUUUGUCAUUGAAUACAUCUGAAAUCAUAACAUUCAUAACAUCUUAGAAAAAUCUACUAGCUAUGCAAAUAUGAUGUAUGAUGUAUGAAAUAUAUGAUCAAUAAUCAAAAGCUACUGGAGUUAACACAGAAACAUAUAUUUUAAAAUGUGUGGUAUUAGCAUGUUAAGCAACAGGAUGAUCAUGUUUGGUUUUUGUUUUUGGUUACCCUGGAGGUGUGAUUUUUCUCCUGGCAUGUGAAGCUAAAAGAAAUUCAGAGUUGGGAGGCAGCAAAGUUACUUAUUGUGUCUGAAUGCAGCACCCAAAGCCUUUAAGGAGGAGAGAGGCAGCACAGGGUGGGAUUGAACAAAUGUUCAAUUAAAUGUCAAAUCACAAUUCUGUUGUCUGGAGGGGAAAAGGCUUGCACAAAGACAUAGAUGCAAUGAACUGCAAAAAUAGCCUUUAUAUUUUGUACACACAUUGUAAUGCAAUUUGUGACUUUUUAUAUCACUACAUUAUAAGUUUAGGUCAGUGUGGGUAGAGUGAAAAGCCAUAGAUGCCUUUGUAAUUUGUCCUGCCCUACUGAAGGUUUCAUACAACUUUAUGGUGUAAGAGCAACACUCCUUUGUAAAUAAAUACAGAUUUGUAAUAUAAAAUGUAUGUGCCUGUUUCCAAAUGAGCUGUCUCAUGUCUCGAGGAAAACUAGUUAAGAUGAUACAACAAUAAACCUGCAUUGAAUUCA